AAGCACGGCAGAAUCCGAUAGACCGAUCACUAAAUGCCACGUAUUUUAAUCAGGCUACCACGUGGUGCCACGCCACCCUGUCGUUCACUAUAUAUACGGCACAGCUAAUCACUCUACCGCUUCCCUCCUUCAAUGUGAAGAAAACUGUACGGCUCAGAUUCCUCCUCUCCCCUCCCACCAAAAAACGAAGGGUCGAUCGAUCGAGCGAGCGAGCGCUUGUGCUUCGUCGCCAAGAUGUCACGCUGCUGCUCGCAGUGUGGUGUCAACGGUCACAAUUCGCGCACUUGCGCCGGUGCCGGCGACGGCGAUGCUGGCUCCGGAGCCGGCGAAAUCAUGCUCUUCGGCGUCCGAGUCACCGUGGACUCGAUGCGUAAGAGCGUCAGUCUGAACAAUCUCUCUCAGUACGAACAGCCUCACGAAGCCUCUCCCGCCGACCCCUCCGGCACCGCAGCGGCAGCAGCCGGUUACGCCUCCGCCGACGAUGCCGUUCCCCAGUCCACCACCGCUCGCGAGCGCAAGCGAGGAGUUCCGUGGACGGAAGAGGAGCACAAGCUAUUUUUGCUUGGAUUGCAGAAAGUGGGAAAAGGAGACUGGAGAGGAAUCUCUAGAAACUUCGUGAAGACUCGCACGCCUACGCAAGUCGCUAGCCACGCUCAGAAGUACUUUCUCCGCCGGAGUAAUCUCAACCGGCGACGCCGCAGAUCUAGCCUGUUCGACAUAACCACUGACACGAUAAUUCCAAUGGAAGAGGAGCAUGUUCAGCCGGACAACAGCAUCUCUCCGCCCGUUAUGUGGCUACCGGAAAACGGCAACACUGGCGGAUUCCAUGUGGUGCCCUCUUUCCCCGUGACGGUACCGGUGCGGAUCGAGAAUCCGAUGGAGAACCUAACUCUUGGGCAAGUCGAUCAGAUGAACGAUUCGACUUCGCCGUCUUCAUCCCCACCGAAGCUUGUCCGCCCGAUCCCCGUUCUCCCAGCUCCUUCAGUGAUGUUGGAUCUCAACCUGGACCAGAAAUGGCCAGCGGACCCGACGCCGCUGGCCCUGAAGCUCUCACCGCCGGCCGAUGAGAGCCGACCGGCGAGGCAUUCGGCGUUCCAUGCCUUGUCUGGCUUCAAUAACGGAGACAGCAUCAUCAGCGUGGCCUGAAGAACAAUAAAGGGAGAUUGUUGUAGAACACAUUGAAGGGUCAUAAUUAGAGAGACAUGGGUAAGGUAAUCAUUAGGUACUGUUUGUAGUGUGAUGAAUUAUGAUCCUUUUUGUUUGUACAGACAAGAAAGACAUGGCAUCUCCUCCUCUGUUGGGUUCUAAUGUUUAAUGCUAUAUUAAUAUUACUGCUAAUGUUAAUGUUAUCUUUCUUUUCUAUA